UUAAUCAUUGAACUUGUUGCUCUUGCUCGGUUGUAAGCAUUUCUCCCCGAAGAAGCGUGUGUCCAGGGUCGUGGUUAAGGUAUGCCCAGCCGCUCUCUUCUGUCAUGGGGGAUAUUAGACAGCGCAAUGGCUCUAUAGGUAAUAACGACACAGAUUUAUCUGUUGUCCCUUGUAGAGUGGACGACAGAGUGCUUUAUCAGAAAGUUGACGAUGGGGUCGAUGGGGAGGAAAUCGAGAUGCAAACUCGAGCAGAAGUGCGGGAUACGGAUGCUGACGCUGAGGACUGCCGACGGGGCAACGGACGGGCUUUUUACCGGGUUUGUGUGCCGGUUUGCUGUAAGAGAAGCGACACUGACCGCGAUGAGGAUAAGGAUAAUGAGGAUGAUGAUUGUGAGGAGGAGGACACGGGGGCAAAAACGGUUGAGAAAGAAAAGAAACCAGCUUGUCCAGGGCUGGGCCUCCUGUAUAGCUUGUUAGCAUCCGUCUUCUUCUCCGCUGCAGCUCUUCUUGUGAAGAAAAUCGAAGGGAUGCACGCCAUCCAAAUCAGUGCGGUUCGGUGCUUCUUCCAGAUGCUGUUUGUCUUACCAGCCAUGAUAUAUUUUAAAACUGGCUUUUUGGGACCGAGAGGUAUGCGAAUCUACCUGUUCCUCAGAGGGUUCCUGGGGUCCAACGCCAUGAUCUUGUUGUAUUAUGCAGUUCUGCAGAUGCCCCUAGCUGAUGCCACGGUUAUAAUGUUCAGUAAUCCAGUCUUCACAUCCUUGCUGGCUUGGAUUUUCCUCAAAGAGAGGUGCACAAUAUUGGACGUCGUUUUUACUGUGUUUACGCUUACCGGCGUCAUACUGAUAGCCAGACCGCCAUUCCUCUUUGGUGGUGAGCUGUCUGGCAUCGAAGGAGACUACACCAAUCACAUCAAAGGCACGUCGGCCGCCUUCGCCGGGGCGGUCGGAGCAGCUUGCACUAUGGUCAUUCUGAGAAAAAUAGGUAAAAGUGUUCAUUACUACCUCUCCGUCUGGUACUAUGCAGUCCUGGGACUCGUCGAGUGCAUCAUUGUUUUGUUCAUCUUGGACGAAUGGACCAUUCCGUCCUGCGGCUGGGACAGGUGGUCGCUCAUGGCCAUCGGGCUGCUCGGGAUAGCCGGACAGACGUUCCUCACCAAAGCCCUGCAGAUUGAGAAAGCAGGACCUGUUGCACUGAUGAGGACGAUGGAUGUGGUCCUGGCAUUCAUCCUCCAGUUCCUGUUCCUCAACCGCAAACCCACAUGGUGGAGUCUGGGAGGAGCGCUGUGUGUCAUCAGCAGCACUAGUGGGGUGGCCAUGAGGAAGUGGUAUAACAGCACGAGGCAUAAGAGCUGAUCUCACAUUAUAGUGAGAUGACAAGAGAUUUUAUGUUUCCUACAAAUAAUUGCUGCAUUAGACACCAAAGAUGCUGAUUUGCUGUAAUCAGA